GCGUUCGCAGUCAGUUUUACGCCGACCGCACAGCAGUGUACGCGCAUUCUGCCGUUGGCAGUUCUCUCGCCGUCCGUCAGUCCGUCAGACCGCCUCUCGUUCUCCCCUCCCCGUCUUAUCCCCACCCUUAUACAACCCACAAACACUCGUCGACCGACCAUCACCCCCGUCGCACGGGACGCGCUCUGUCACUCGCUAACCGUCGUCUCCCUCUUCGGCACUGCAGCCGUCACUCUUUUGUCUUCCGCCGUUGCGCGAACGCUAGAGAGAAUAUCCCCAAAAACCACGCCGAGUCUCUUUCCGUCACCGGUCAUACGCCGCAACGUUUUGCUGUUGCAGUGCCACAUGGUUCUAACCUCUCCCGAAAAACAACUGAACGUUCCAGAAUCGAAUCGCUCUUUGCGGUAGAAGAAGACCUGUUUGCUGCAACGGAUCCACCGUCGCCCAACAGAACCACGCAGAGUGUCGAGCCACAUUUGCUGUACCACUGUGACUUGUUGUGCUAUUGUAUAUUACAUAUUACCUACAUUAUCGUAUAAAUAGAAAAAGUAUAGGCAAUAUCACAGUCGCACGAUGAGGGUGGAAUUGGAAUCUGCCGUUAAGUUUAUCAUAUCAAUGCUGCGUGCGGGACACCGAUCGAAGCUGGUGCGCAGCAAGGGUGAUAAGUUCUUUCUUGAACCCGAAAUAGAGAUGCUACAACUGUCGCUGUUGGCCGUCAUGAACCGCCAGUACAAAGACUUUUGGUUUCCUGAGUCGCCGAACCGUGGAUCCGCGUACCGGUGCAUCAGAAUCAACAAAGACAAGAUGGACCCGAUUAUAGCCCGCGCGGCCGACGCUUGCGGCUUGUCCUGCCACUUGAUCCGCACGUACUUGCCUGACGAACUUACAUUGUGGGUUGACCCAUCUGAAGUUUCCUACCGCAUCGGCGAGGAGGACGGUAGCAUUUGUGUACUGUACGAGGGCCCGAUACAACAAUCGCAUGAAAUGGCUGUCACACAACCGGGUCGUCCUUUGUCGUCAUCUUCGUCUUCGUCUUCAGUGUCCACAUCCCCCGGAUCGUUGUCUUCAUCUUCGCCACCGUUUAACAACAGCUACAACCGCAACAGCCAUCUCCAUCUCCAGCACCAACAGCAACAGCAGCAUCUUCAACAACAACAACAGCAGCAACAACAGCAACAACAGCAACAACAGCAACAACAGCAACAACAUCAACAGCAUCAACAGCAACUACACCAACAGCAACAGCAACAACACCUACAGCAACAGCAACAACAGCAUCAAAUACAUCAGGCCGAAGGUAUGAUGGGUUCAUAUCCUAACUACACGUCUCCGGUUAAACCAUCGAACGUGAUCACGUUCGUGCCGCCUACUUACGGAUCUCCAGUACAAUUCGUACAUUCACCUUACCAGUCGUAUCCCGCUUUUAUUUCCAGUUAAUUUUAGAGAAAACGUAUUCACACCGAUUCAAAAGGGAAAAUGCUUAUUUGAUGUGUAUUUUUAGUGAUUAAGAAUGAAACGAAAAACAUUUAAGAAGCUUAAAAUAUUUAGAUUUAUAUUAUUUAUUAGGUAAGUACCUAUGUAUACAUAUU